CCCCUCUAAACGGUAACUCCUUGUCCAAAGGCAGCCGCUUCCAAGGUGGAAGCCAGGUCCUCUGCUGAGCAGCCAGCGCGCCUGCGGCUCAGGACUUUGCUUCCACGUGCGCGGCUGCUCGGGCCGCGCUACCUUCUCCCAGAGGCCCAGCCCGGGGACACCCUGUCCGAGGAUCGCGCUCCGAGUCCCGCGGGGGCCCUGGCCGAGGCAUCGGCACAGGGCCACCCGCGGGGGGAUCCAGACUCAGAGCCCGCGGCCCGACGUGCCGGCAGCCGCGAACCCAUGGAGGGCCUGGGCCGCUCGUGCCUGUGGCUGCGCCGGGAGCUGUCGCCGCCGCAGCCGCAGCUGCUGCUCCUGGACUGCCGCAGCCGCGAGAUGUACGAGUCGGCGCGCAUCGGCGGGGCGCUGAGCGUGGCCCUGCCCGCGCUGCUGCUGCGCCGCCUCCGCCGGGGCAGCCUGUCCGUGCGCGCGCUGCUGCCGGGGCCGCCGCUGCAGCCGCCGCCGCCCGCCCCCGUGCUGCUGUACGACCAGGGCGGGGGCCGCCACCGCCGCGGGGAGGCCGCCGAGGCCCAGGCCGAGGCCCAGGCUGAGGCCGAGGAGUGGGAGCCCGAGUCGGUGCUGGGCACUCUGCUCCAGAAGCUGCGGGAGGAAGGCUACCUGGCAUACUAUCUACAGGGUGGCUUCAGCAGAUUCCAGGCUGAGUGCCCUCAGCUGUGCGAAAGCAGCCUCAGCAGCCGUGGCGGAGCCAGCAUGGCCAUGGUGCCCAGUCCAGUAGUGGGACUGGGCAACCUGUGCCUGGGCUCUGACUGCUCCGACGGGGAGUCUGAACCCGACCGAGACUCCAUGAGCUGCGGCCUGGAUUCCGAGGGUGCCACGCCCCCCCCAUCGGGGCUGAUACCAUCCUUCCCGGUCCAGAUCCUGCCCAACCUCUACCUGGGUUGUGCCCGAGAUUCGGCCAACGUGGAGAGCCUGGCCAAGCUGGGCAUCCGCUACAUCCUCAAUGUCACCCCCAACCUCCCUAACCUCUUUGAGAAGAAUGGCGACUUUCACUACAAGCAGAUUCCCAUCUCGGACCACUGGAGCCAGAACUUGUCCCAGUUCUUUCCUGAGGCCAUUGCGUUCAUUGACGAAGCCUUGGGCCAGAACUGCGGGGUGCUUGUCCACUGCCUGGCGGGCGUCAGCCGCUCCGUCACCGUCACUGUGGCCUACCUCAUGCAGAAGCUCCACCUCUCCCUCAACGACGCCUACGACCUGGUCAAGCGCAAGAAGUCCAACAUCUCGCCCAACUUCAACUUCAUGGGGCAGCUGCUAGACUUCGAGCGCAGCCUGCGCCUGGAGGAGCGUCGCGCCCGCGGUCGGGGCAGUGGGGGGCAGGAGUCCGCCACCUCGGACCCGCCCUCCUUCUUCACCACCCCCACCAGCGACGGGGUCUUUGAGCUCGACCCCACAUAAGGCCCCCAUCCAGUCCUGUUCCCCAAGGGGUGCUCCCCACCACCCAUGCGCUGCGGGAGUGGGGAGAA